GCUGAGGUCAGCGGCGAGCGGGCGCCGUCACAAAAGGAAGUGGCGGCGGCGGCCGUCAGAGUGGGAAGGGGCGGGGGCCCGCGGGGCAGCGCGGCGGUAGCAGCGAAGGAAGCGGAGGCAGGGGUCGGAGCGGCGGGGGCCGCGCCAUGGCCCAGCAGCAGAUGAGCAGCUCGCAGAAGGCGCUGAUGCUGGAGCUGAAGUCGCUGCAGGAGGAGCCGGUGGAAGGCUUCCGCAUCACCCUGGUGGACGAGUCCGACCUCUACAACUGGGAGGUGGCGAUCUUCGGGCCCCCCAACACCCUGUACGAGGGUGGCUACUUCAAGGCUCACAUUAAAUUCCCUAUUGACUAUCCGUAUUCACCACCUACCUUCAGAUUCCUGACCAAAAUGUGGCACCCCAACAUUUAUGAGAAUGGAGAUGUAUGUAUUUCAAUUCUUCACCCACCUGUAGAUGAUCCACAAAGUGGAGAGCUGCCAUCUGAGAGGUGGAACCCUACCCAAAACGUCAGGACUAUAUUACUGAGUGUAAUCUCUUUGCUUAAUGAGCCCAACACAUUCUCUCCUGCCAAUGUGGAUGCAUCAGUCAUGUUCAGAAAAUGGAGGGACAGUAAAGGAAAAGACAAGGAAUAUGCAGAAAUCAUAAGGAAACAGGUGUUGGCUACCAAAGCUGAGGCAGAGAAGGAUGGCGUGAAGGUCCCCACUACGCUGGCAGAGUACUGCAUCAAAACUAAAGUGCCUUCCAAUGACAACAGUUCGGAUUUGCUUUAUGACGACUUGUAUGACGACGACAUCGAUGAUGAAGACGAGGAGGAGGAGGACGCCGACUGUUACGAUGACGAUGAUUCUGGCAACGAGGAGUCGUGACCUGCUCCCUCUGUGCCCCUGUACUGCCCUGCCAACUCAGGCCAGAAGGGAGCAGCGGUAACCUAGCAGCAGUCCAGCAAAAAAGUGUGGGGGGGGGAUCAAAAAACUUUUGUCUCCUGCUGUCUCCUGUUGUAUGGAUCUGUUUGCUCCUUUUUUAUGGACCUCUUAGAGACCCUCCACAGAAUGUCUGAAUUCUUGCAUUCUUAACCCUUUCAUCACUGUAUUACAAUUUCUUUUUGAAAAAGAAAAUCCCCUUUUCACUUCUCUACGAAACGCUCACAGCGAAAAAGGUUUGCUCGCAUUUAGGUUCUUGAAUUCAAUACAGUCUUGCAUUGAGGUGUUUAAUGUAUUUAAAGCUGGAACAAACACAUUGGAAGCUGUGUUUCUUGGGAGCUCAAGUGCUGCAUUUACUGGGAAGAAAAAAAUCCACACAAAGCAAAUUGCCAAGGUUUAGCUGCUCCAUUUACAAUAAUAGCGUGUGUACAUUCGUUUAGCCUUGUGGUGGUGGCUUUUCCUUUAUAAGGUGGGGGGCGGAGAGCGUUAAGCUACUGUGU